UUUUAAUAUUCUCACUGUCUUAGUUUUACUUAUGCACUUGCUUCUCCUAUAAACUAUACAAACUUCAUAACUCAACUCCACAACCUCUUCCUCACUUUCUACCAAAAUGGUCUCCCCUGAAAAAUCCCAGACAGACUCAGCAUCAGCUGAGCCUAUUUCAAGUCCUCGAAUCUCUUUCUCCUCUGAUUUUCUCGACGAGACGAAUUUCAUUCCCAGUAUUAAAACUUCCCAAGUUGAGAAAGAGCCCGAAAAGCCCCGUGAGAAAACAUUCGAGUUUCUCUCCAGCAACAACCACACAAUGCUGCCAGCUGAUGAGCUUUUUUUCGAGGGUAAGUUACUUCCCUAUUGGCAAAUGCACCAUGAGAUAAAAAAAAUCACCCUCAGAUCCGAAGAGGGCCCGAAAGCCAAAUCGAAAGUCGAGGACUUAAAUUUAAGCAAGGAGAGUAGAGGGAGUUGGUUUAUUGAUGAUGAUCCUUCUCCGAGGCCACCUUCAUGCACAGUAUUAUGGAAAGAGCUUCUGCGCCUCAGAAAACAGAGGCCUUCUACAUUGUCACCGUCAUCCUCAUCGUCAUCAUCAUCGUCCUCGAGCUCACUCGUGGACAAUCAAGGCACGGAUAAAGAAGACAGAGCAGGGAACAAGGACAAAAAUGCGAAAAAGAGUAAAAAAGGGCUGGAGAGAACAAGAUCAGCAACUAUGAGGAUAAGACCUGUGAUUAAUGUACCACUCUGUACACAAGCAAAGAACAGUGCUCUUCCUCCACUCUUUUCAUUUAAGAAAGGAAAGCUAGAGAAGCUAAACUCACAAAAGUGAGAAAUCAGGAGUAGAUUAUUCAGUAUCUUCAGAUUUCUUCCCUUAUUCAUGUAGAUGUCUUCAUUAAGAUUCUCAUUGUUCAUGUUGUGGUGAAUGCAUUUUGUUUGCUUUUCACAUUAAUCUUAAAUUUUAUGAUUCACUGAUUUUAGCUC